AUGACUGACCAGAGAUACGUCCAGCUUUCAACAGAGAAAGUUACCAGCGCUGUCCAUAUUCUGGGCACCGAACUCUACCUGGACAUCCUUGAGGCAGCCCCGAGGGCUGCGACCUGCUUCGAGAUCUGGGCCACCCACGGCCUGAACAUCUACAAAACCGAAGGUCACACGACAAAACCGACAAAAUCGAAGGUCUACUGGCAUGACUCAAAAUGGCCGCUGGACCAGACCGUCAAGUUCAGUGCCACCCUGGAUGCCCCAAGCGAGCAGGUCGAUGACGAAAAGAUCAGAGUUUCGUACUAUGAAGGUAACGGCAAAGUCCCCAUCGCCAAAGCGAUUCUGCAUAUUACCUGCAUAGAAAUGUCUUUGGAUGCUGAUAUAAACCGUUCGGGAACAGUGACCAGAGGAGGGGAUCAAAAGGACCAGUGGACGUGGGGGCCGGAUGGAAAAGGUGCCAUUCUCUUGGUGAACUGCGAUCGAGACAAUCCUACAGCCAAAGCGGAAGACAACAAGGACAUCAAAUUGACAUCCAAGCAAGACCUCCAGGACAUGUCCCGUAUGAUCCUGACAACUCAGGGGCCUAAUGAAGUUUUUGCAAACUACCAGCUGACUCUCCACAUCUCGAAAGCUGAUGGUGACAAAGUGGGGGUCUUCUACGCUCAAGAGAAGAAGGAGAAGAGAUAUUACAAACACGUUCUAGGAUCCGGAAAGAUCUCCUACCGUGUGAAAUGGAACCCUGGUCAACGGGAGAGCGUUUUUUACGUGGAAGGGCUGAAAUUUCCAGACAUUGACUUCUCAGGGCUUGUCACUUUCCACGCUUCACUCCUGGAGCCCACCAGGGAGCUAGUCAAGGGAAGAGGCAUCGUUCUGGAAUUCAUCAUAUUUCUUGGUCCUCAUCUCCUGUAUUUCCUGCUUCAGGGGGUUCCAGAAACUUCCAUUUUCAUGGAUACUUUGGUCUUUCGGGUUGCUCCAUGGAUUAUGACCCCAAACACCUUGCAGCCAGUUGCUGUUUACGUCUGCAGUGUUGGUGACAAUAAGGAUUUUGUGGAACAUAUAAGGAAGCUUGCUACAAAAGCUGGAUGCAAAUUUAUUAUCUGCCCGAAAGAGCAAAAUCGCGGCGACAGAUGGAUCCAGGAUGAGAUGGAGUUUGGCUACAUCCAGGCUCCCCACAAAACAUUUCCGGUUGUCUUUGACUCCCCAAGGAACAAAGGGCUGAAUUACUUUCCCUUUAAGGAGGUUUUGGGUCCAGAUUUUGGGUAUGUAAAGCGGGAACAGUCUGCCGAGCCGUCUCAGUCUAGCCUGGAUGCAUUUGGAAAUCUUGAAGUCAGCCCUCCGGUGAACGUCAAAGGCAAGGAAUAUCCCCUUGGGCGUAUCCUAAUAGGUGCUGCUCUUCCUAGUUCGAACAAUGCCCCAAUGUCCAAACUGGUCAAGGACUUCCUCUACGGCCAAGUUGUACAAUCUCCCAUUGAACUCUACACGGAUUGGCUCGUUGUGGGACACGUAGAUGAAUUCCUCAGCUUCGUACCUGCCCCAGACCAGAAGGUAUGGAUCCGUACUCUUCUUUCAAACUUGAAAGAGCUGCUAGUCUUUUCUCUCUUCUUCUCUGCCUUAUUUCUUACUCCUUUGUUCCAGGGUUUCCGCCUGCUGCUGGCCAGCCCGAGAGCCUGCUUCAAACUGCUGGAAGAGAAGGAAAAAGAAGGCCACGGGAAAGCCAGAAUGCCGGAAGGUGAUUCAUCGUGUCCUCUGCAGGAGAUCAGAACUGAAAGAAAAGAUAACUGGGAAGCCCAAUUUUUCCAAAGGAUGUUUCAUUUUCUGAAAAGGAUGAGGUCAACUUUUGGGCUGGGUUGCGUUAAAACGGAUUGUGUUUCUCCCUUCCAACAUCGUCUUUCUACCCACUGGGAACAAGCAAGGACUCUAAACUGUUACAGACCGGAACUCCAGGAUCAGAAAGAUCGUUCCAUAUCAGAAAUUAUUGCUGACAGAUUGUUACGGCAGUACAAUGAUAAGUGCCAAUGUGGCCUCUCCCAACUCCUCUCUUUUCACUCAAGCUCCACUUUCUUCCCUUUUCAGAAGUGUAUUGAUUGGAACAGAAAAACCCUUAAAGAGGAGCUGGGCCUGGCAGAGGAAGACAUUAUUGAGAUACCUCAGCUUUUUCAGUCUUCUUCCUCAUUUCCUAAGGUUCCCGUUUCUGAAGUGCUCAAGGUUCCCGCUGGGGCUUAUUUCCCAGACAUGGUAAGACUCCAGCUGUUGUGUCUUCGGCUCCCGAGCCUGGCCUCCUGGCAGAGUGACUCAGGGAGUGAGGGGGAAGAGCCGACAGGGCUUCCCUCUGCAGGAAUGUUUCUUUGGCUAAAAAUAUUUGGUGAAUUCAGAGCUGUGUAUUCUGUUCACUUCUACAGCAUCCUUCUGAACAGCUCUAACAUGAAGCCACACAAUCCGACUGAAGACUACUUGGUUUUCUCCCUCCUGCAGGUGAACAUGAUUGUUCUGGGGAAACACCUUGGCAUCCCAAAGCCGUUUGGGCCCAUCAUCGACGGCCAAUGCUGCUUGGAGAAAGAGGUCCGACGUCUCCUGGAGCCCUUAGGGUUGUCCUGCAAUUUCAUUGAUGACUACGGAACUUACUACUUCUGGCAUGGCGAUGUUCACUGUGGCACGAAUGUCCGCCGGAAGCCCUUUUCCUUCAAGUGGUGGAACAUGAGGCCUUGAGGGCCUCAUCAAACCUUCUGUUUUCCACCCAAUGAAGAUGAUGAGACAGACCUUGUGCGUCUUCUCCUGCACUUCCUCGGGAAAUUCAGUAACUUUUCCAAGAAUUCCUGGGCGAUUCCUCUUUUUUUUGGCCGUUAUAUGAAGGUGCUUGCGAACUUCUCUUGUGAUUUAGAUUUUCUCCAGUAUCUAAGGUGGCUUUUCUCAUCUUUAAAUGUACGAGACCUGCCGAAAUGCUGUCAAGUUGUGUUUCCCCAAUCACCCUGAAGAACAGAGAGCAGCUAAAUUCAGGCAGGAUGUCCUAAUCCUUCUCCUUUUCCACGUAUGAUAAUUCUAAACCAAGUUAUAGAGGUCCAACGAGACAUUUCAUAACCCUAGUAGGUUCAUGGGUCCUUCAAAGAAUGCUAUUUCUCUCACCUCACCAAACCUUGUCAGCUCAGGUUUAGUCACUACAGCCUAGACAAGCCAAGUCGGAUUGUCACAAAUAACGAAUCGCCAAAACACUCUUUAAAAGUAGACAUUCCAUAGAUAUAGAACAUUUCCCCAAAAAAAAAUUGGUCCAAGGUCUUGUGAACCUGGGAUGAAGGAGUUGAAGAAAAAUAAUUUUUGACCUAAAAGUACUUAGUGGCUGGCCCCAGAUGCGUUGCAAGGACCGCCAGCCCUUCCAAGUGUACAGAUCAAACUAGCGAUGAUGAGUAAUUAAUCCAUAUUUUAGUUUCAUGCUAAUUUCUAUCAUUUCAAACCACUUGAUUUGCAAAGAGGCAUUAUGACGGUGCAAUGAUUGUGAAGUCCGUAUUUCUUUGGCUGUUAAUUUUUAAAUGGAAUGCAUACUGCCGAAUUAUUUUAAUAUUAAAAAAAAAUCGCAGAGGCUUUUCUCACAGAUCUACCAAUUGUUUGAAUAAAUCGUGAAGAACUUUUAAGCAUUCUGUGCCAUUUUUUAAAUCAAUGCAACCGUUAUAUGGUCAUAAAGGCAGAAUGAGAGGCGAGGUAGUCCUCGAUUUACAACAGUUGGCUUAGUGACUGUUCAGUGUUACAGCAGCAUGAAAAAAGCGACGUGACUGUUUUUCAGAAUUAUGACCUUUGCAGCAUUCCCUUGAUCAUGUGAUCUAAAUUCAGAGGAUUGGCAACUGGUUCAUAUUUAUGAGAGUCGCAGUGUCCCACGGGGUCAUGUGAUCCCCUUUUGAGACCUCAUGACAAGCAAAGCCGAUGGGGAAUCUGGAUUCACUUAACAACCGUGUGACUAAUUGAACGACUGCAGGGAUUCACUUAGCGAAGGUGGCGAGAAAAGUCGUAAAAUGGGCCAAAACUCGCUUAACAGAGGUCUCGCUUAGCAACAGUAAAUCUGGGCUCAAUUGUAGUUGUAAAUUGAGGGCUACCUGUACAUAACUAGAAUUUUUAAAAAAAUCAGAGGAAGGUGCUAUUAGUGUCAGUACACCUACAUGGAAAAUAUGGAGACCCUGCAAAGAAUUUUGGACUUCUGCUCCCUAAAGUACAAGACCUGCGAUGGGUCCUGUCGUGUCCCACUCCUCCUCUGACGGCCGGGUCGGGGAAGUCCGUAUCAAGCGUGGCCGCAAAGCCUCUGCAGCUUUGCCAAAGUUCUGUCCGAGUUCUCAGG